UGAGGAAACUCUCAUCUCUCGGCUGGACAGCCCGCAUGUGAUCUGGGAAGUUCCGGCCCGCUUUUUAUUCUUGGCGCUCACACCUCAAUAAUUCUCUCUCUUCGCGAACACCACAGAACUUCUUUUCUCCAAGCUUGUCAUAGCCCAACAUCACGACCUUCCCUCUCCUUCACAUCACCGGACGUCAACAUGCCUCCAGCAAAGAGCGGUGGAAAGAAGGCUGCUCCGGCGCCAUUCCCCGCCACCAAGGCCGGUGUCAGCAAGAAGCAGGCCAAGAACCCGCUCAUUGAGCGCCGUCCACGCAACUAUGGCAUUGGCCAGGACAUCCAGCCACGCCGCAACCUUAGCCGUAUGGUGAAGUGGCCAGAGUACGUUCGUCUGCAGCGCCAGCGCAAGAUCUUGAACAUGCGUCUCAAGGUCCCACCGGCUAUCGCCCAGUUCUCCAACACCCUCGACCGCAACACCGCUACCCAGGCGUUCAAGCUCCUCAACAAGUACCGACCAGAGACCAAGGCCGAGAAGAAGGAGCGUCUGCACAAGGAGGCUACCGCUGUCGCCGAGGGCAAGAAGAAGGAGGACGUGAGCAAGAAGCCAUAUGCCGUCAAGUACGGUCUUAACCACGUUGUGGCGCUCAUCGAGGCCAAGAAGACCUCUCUUGUCCUCAUUCCCAACGAUGUGGACCCCAUCGAGCUGGUCAUCUUCCUCCCAGCUCUCUGCAGAAAGAUGGGUGUUCCAUACGCCAUUGUCAAGGGCAAGGCUCGUCUCGGAACGGUCGCUCACAAGAAGACCGCUGCCGCCCUCGCUAUCACCGAAGUGCGCGCUGAGGACAAGAACGAGCUCUCCAAGCUCGUCCAGGCCGUCAAGGAGGGUUACCUCGAGAAGAACGAGGAGGCCAAGCGCCACUGGGGAGGUGGUAUCAUGGGAGCCAAGUCCGUUGCUGCCACCAAGAAGGCUGCCCAGCGUGCUGAGCGUGAGAUCAAGAUCUAAUUGGUCCACUGUCUCCUUCACUUGUUUGUGCAUAUCAAGCAUGGCGUUCAAAAAGCACGACAAAAGUCAUGUCUGUUGCUGGUGGGGUUGUUUAGCUUAUGGGAAUGAUACCACGCUGAAUGAAAAGAAGGCACUCAAUCACUGUGGCUGCUCGCCCCGCAGCAAGGACGAUGAUCUAUAUCUCUUGUUUGCAUUUUUCUUUUCCCAAAGUCGUAAACUCUUGACCCCAUUGGUCUGCGAACAUCGUUGUAUCAUGCACAUGCAAGAGACUUUUCAC